AUGUUUAAUUUGUUUGCAGUUUUUUUGUUUCAUUUCAAAAAAUAUAAAACGAAUAGAAGUUUUAAUGAUUAAUUAAUGUUAUAAACAAUAUAAGCUAUUUUUGGGCUCUUUGUCCUUCUAAAGAUUUUCUACUAUUUUAUAAUGCUUAUCUUAAAGUGUUUUGGCAUUGUAAAAUGGGAAGAUGAUACAUAACCAUAAUAAAAUUAGUUAUAAUAAUAGGAAGCAUAAAAUACAUCAAUUAUCUAAAAUCAGUAUUAAUAGAUUUAAGGGAAAAAGGAAAAUGAAAAAACUAAGAAGAAUAAAUCAAGUAAGCAAAAAAAAUAGGAAAAGGUUAUGAAAGUUAUGUAGGAAAAGAUGGAAGAGGAGAGCAAGAAAAAAUAAGAUUAAUAAUAAUAAAUGGUCACUCAAAAAUAAAUUGUCACCUAAUAACAAAUUGAAUAUCAUAGAUUGGAAAUGCAACGAUUAUAGGAUUUAAAAAGAAUUGAAGAAACAUUACGUCAAGAAUAAAAAAAAGAGAUUGAAAGAUAAGUUUAAUUAAAAUUAGAAGAAUUAACUAAUAAGUUGUAAAAUAAGUAGCCUGUAAAAAAAUAAUAAUAAUAAAAAAGUAAAAGAUGACAUUACAUGUGUG